AUAUGGCCAAAUUUUUGAUAAGUUGUCACUAAAUUGUUUAUUCGAUCAAGUUAAAACUUCAAGAUAAAAUAACGAUCAAUCGAUGAGGAUAUAAAAAUGGAUAGAGAUUUUGAUGUAAUUGGAAAAUAUAAGGCUAUAGGGAGUAAAUUGAAGAGACGAUUUCUACGAAAACCAAAUGUUGCAGAGGCCAGUCAACAGUUUGAGUAUCUUUCAAAAACUUUACAACAACAAGAAUGCUUACAAUAUGCUGGAUUCUGUUGCCUGGCCAAAGCAAGAUGUGAAAACACACUUGCAAAUCCAACUGGAGAGGUGGAAGCUCUGACCCAAGCAGCGAGGCUAUUUCUACAUGCUGAACAAGAAUCUAUUCUUCUCAAAUGUCCAAUGUUUGAAGAGCAUUUGACCGAAGCAAUUCAUUGCUUUAAUCAGGCUAUCAAGCUUCACUGUGUCCAAAGCAACCUUAAUCUUGCUGCCUGUUUAUGUCUGGAAUUAGGAAAUUCACUUAGUGAAAUGAAACGUUACUCGGAGGCAGUUGGGUAUUUUCAACAAGCAUCUGAGCUACAACAUAAGACACCAUUGAUUGCUUUGAACUCAAUGGGGCUAGCAGUCAAAUGCAAGUUAAAUAUGGGUGAUUAUGACGGAGCUUUGGCAUUACUGACAGAGAUGGUUUAUUUGAUUCAUGAGCGAGGCAGAAAUCUCCCCAGUGACAGUGCCUUGGGAAGUGAUGAAGUGCAUGCUGGGUACGUCGAUAUUUUGGCCGAAUGUGACGUUACUAUUGUCUUGAUUCUUCUUCUUUUACAGCCGACACCGCAGAAAAUUCGUCCCGAACAUGCGCAGAUGCUGGAGAAAUACGCGUGGGAAUCUAACGGGACCAGCUCAUCGGUCGAUUAUUUGAGUGAAGAUCUUUUCCUCUUGUUGCAAUCUGUCGUGAUGUCAUGCCAGGCUAAAGACGGAACAGCGUUACAAGAACUUGAAAAAGAUCUUUGGCCGUUUCUCAACGGAAUUCAAAAAGAGUUGCUCUAUAAAUUGGUUGUGCAAAUGACGAGUUGACAUCAGCGAAGAGAAUAACUCAAUCUUCUUUGCUAAAUCACGUGUCUACCAUACGUUUAUCAAUUGGACUUCAAGAUGUAUCUUUGUAACCAGGUCCUUCUUCCCGCGAAGACCUAGACUGGAAUGUCAAUAAUGUGAAACUGUCCCUUCCCCGAACCUGCGGGAAGGGAGAGAAAUGCGAUUGAAUGCUUUUAAAAUAUGACAGUGAUAUCAAUGAAUUUGAUAUAUAUGAACUGAGUAAAUGUCAUGGGUUUUUUAAUGGAUUAUAUAGAGGUCAGUGAUUCAUUUAACUAAUCUGAUCACAGCACUGUAUGGCGGCAAUUUUUUUCAAGAUUUGUCUGCUAAUAACAAUGCAUGAUCCAGGUUUUUAAUUUGUAUUUAUAUCGAAGAGUGGCUAGAAAAGACCCGGAACUUCCAACACUAUUAAUUGUAUUUGUAAUAAUUUGUUGCACAAACAAGAGGAAUGGGAAAGCAUCCUCCUUGCUGAACGUUGUCAAUGUUUAUGUUUUUGCCAUGAAAAGCCCAGUUCUGAAA